AUGCUCACCCUUCCUGUUGUACUACCAAUCAUCAUAAGAGCUAAUAUUCGGAAAAUGAGAUCUUUUUCUACUGGUACAAACAGACUCGAAGAAUUCAGAGAUUGGAAGAACCUAACACAAAACGACAAAAAGAAAUUUAUCCAGGAGUACGUUGAUCUAUACAAAGAAACUCAUCCAUGCAGCAAGAGUAAUGUCAUGUACAGAUCCUUGGCGGAGGGUAUGGAUGAAUACGACGAUACUCCCUACGUAUUCGGGGUUGUUUAUAAUGAAAUCAGAGCUGUCGCUCAGGGCAAGUCAAAAGAUAACGUUAGUGGUCAAGGAAUUAUGGGAGAUCCUGCCUUCAAAAGACUGCUGCUUAAAUAA